GGCCGGACUCCAGCGCGGCCGCAGCACCAUCCAGCCCCCGGUGGCCACCGCAGCUUUUUCGGUGGCUCCCGCUGCAGCCUGAGAGCCAGAGACCCACGGCCGCCUUUGCAGGCAGCAUGUCAGCCCCGCCGGACCCCCAGGACCUGCUGCUGGCGGGCACUGGGGGGCACUGGGCUGCGGACGGGGCGGACCAAUAUGCAGCUGGUGCUCCGCUGCGGGAUGGAGAUGGGGCUCAGCAGCGGGAACAGCUGGUUUUCGGCUCCGCCAGGGAACACCCGCCAGUUGCCAUGGCGACUGCAUCCCCAGGUGUCACAGCCUCAUCACACCUCUUUGACUAUGGCUCCACUGCCAAUGGGGGUGACAGCUCCUUCUACACCUCUCUGAUCUCGGAUGUCCACUACACUACCCCACGGGACUCCACCUAUUUCACUGGCAUUUAUCUUUUUUUGCAGGAAAACAGCCCCAUUCCCUGUUCAGGCAGCACAGAGGGGUUUAACACACUUGGGCAUCCUGUUCAAGAUGUGACUGCGUUUGAGUCCCGUGGCUUGUUUAGCUCAGAUUCGGGAAUAGAGAUGACUCCUGCAGAGUCUAUUGAAGUCGAUAAAACCUUAGCAGAUCCCAUGAAAGUAGAAGCUUAUAAAUACAUGGACAUAAGUAGAUCAGAAGAAAUAAAAUACCAAGAAGAACAUGACCUUGACUCAGAAGAUGAGAGCCCAGGACUUAUCAAUAAGUCCCAGGGAAUACCAACUAGGUCCAGCCACACGACUGAACCUCAGCAAACAGCUUUGGGGAGCAUGAAGGCAGCCAAAGAGCAAGACCUGCUUGAAGACACAAGGUCUGGAGAUCAGCACAGUGCCUCUGUGGUUACAGCCCCUAUCAAGAUCACGCUCACCGAGAUAGAAAGUACCGGGGAAGCUGCCAGCAAAGAGUCGAGCUCAACUCAGCCAGAGACUGGUCUGAAGCCGAGCCAUGAGGUGGUACCAACAGUGACGGUGUCGGAGCCAGAAGAUGACAGCCCAGGGUCCAUCACGCCACCAUCCUCUGGCACAGAACCAUCUGGGUCAGAGUCGCAGGGCAAAGGCAGCCUGUCAGAGGAUGAACUCAUCAGUGCCAUCAAGGAAGCAAAAAGCUUUUCCUUUGAGACCCCAGAGGUGCAGCAGUCACCGACCCUUUCUGCUGAGAAGAGAGACCAGCGGGUCAAACCUGGGCGCCCCACCGUCUCCUCACCCCUGGAUAAUGAAGCCAGCAGCGCGGAGUCAGGGGACUCAGAGAUUGAGCUGGUCUCAGAGGACCCACUGGCUGCCGAGGAGGCACUGCACUCCAACUACAUGACCUUCAGCCACAUCGGAGGGCCUCCUCCAUCACCGGCCUCUCCCUCCAUUCAGUACAGCAUCCUGCGGGAGGAGCGGGAGGCUGAGCUCGACAGCGAGCUCAUCAUCGAGUCCUGCGAUGCCUCGUCGGCCUCCGAAGAGAGCCCGAAGAGGGAACAGGACUCCCCUCUGAUGAAGCCCAUGGUCAUGGACAUUAUCAAGGAAGAGAACAGCUCACGCACUGAUGCCUCAGACUACGAAGCAAGUAAAACGACAGAGAGCAGGAUGAACAGGGAAAACCUGGCAGAGUCCGCAUCCUACCUGAAAUGCUCCUAUGUUGCACCGAAAAUAGGUGCUGAGCCCCCAACCUCUGCCGUCAGCACCGAGGAGCUGAAGGAAAGAAUAAUCCUGAAGAAACCCAUCGAAGAAACUGUUGUUAACCAAAGUAAAGUGUCUUCCAAGGACUCUGGCAAAAGAAGUCCCUUGGCUUCUCCUGUACUGCCGUUUUUAAAUAAGCAGAAAG